AAUGAUGGCCUUAUAUGUUGCAAGUCAUUAUAAAAAUUCACCUAAUGACUUACAGUUAAUGUCUGAUGCUCCAGCCCAUCAUUUAUUUGUUUUGUUACCACCUAUAACAGAAGGAGAUAAUUCAUUACCUGACCCACUAUGCGUUGUACAAGUUUGUUUGGAAGGUGAAAUAUCCAAAAAAGCCGUUUUAAAUAGCCUAAGUAGAGGCCAGCGAGCUAGUGGAGAUUUGAUUCCUUGGUUGCUUUCACAACAAUUCCAGGAUGAUGAUUUCGCGAGCUUAUCUGGAGCUCGCAUAGUUAGAAUAGCAACACAUCCCGAUUAUAUUAAGAUGGGUUAUGGAUCUCGUUGCCUGGAAAUGCUUAGCUCGUUUUAUCAAGGUGAAUUUACCGUUUUGAAUGAAAAUGAGGAUUAUCAACAAGAGAGUAUAGUAAGAGUUGACGACGCCGAACUAGAAAACGCCAAUCUUCGUAAUGAUGAAAUUAAAAUUCGGGAUCCUCGCAAAAUGCCACCUUUACUUUUGAAACUUUCUGAGAAACGUCCAGUAAGAUUACACUAUUUAGGUGUUUCAUAUGGGUUGACACCAUCGUUGCACAAAUUUUGGAAACGUGCAGGAUUUGUCCCUCUUUACCUUCGACAAACUCCUAAUGAUUUAACAGGAGAACACACAUGUGUUAUGCUCAAAGCUUUGAGAUCUGAUGAUCUUAUUACUACAUGUGACCCCAAAUGGUUGGUCGCAUUUUCAAAAGACUUUCAUAAAAGAUUUUUGAAUUUGUUGUCAUAUCACUUCCGUAGCUUUCCAAGUGUGUUAUCACUUAGCAUUAUGGAAGCAGCUGAUGCCGGAAAUGAGAACGCAGAAAAUGGAAUUCAAUCAUAUAGCAAAUCCGCACUUGAAUCGAAUUUUUCUGUUUAUGAUUUGAAACGACUUGAAUCAUAUUCUAAUAAUAUGUUAGAUUACCAUGCCAUUCUUGAUUUACUUCCAAUUAUUGCAUAUUUACAUUUUAGCAGGAAAUUAGGAGAUCAUGUAAAAUUAUCUGGCGUUCAAAGUUCAAUAUUGUUGGGUAUAGGAUUACAAAGGAAAAGUGUUGAUGAUUUAGAGAGAGAAUUAACAUUGCCUUCAAGUCAAAUCCUUGCUUUAUUCAUCAAAUUAGUUCGUAAAUUUUCAACAUAUUUCCGAUCGUUAGAAACAGAUGCGAUACAAAAAGAAAUUCCAGAUGAAACAGUGGUUAUAAAAAGAAAAGGUGUUGCAGAUAAAAUCUCUAAUCAACAAACUACUAAUAACAAUAAAGAAUCAACAUCAAGUCUUAAAGAAAAUGAUGAGGCAUCAUGGGAUCCAUUAUCUAAAACUCUAAAUGAGGAUUUAAAUGAAGCUGGAGAAGAAGUGAUGAGUCAAAUGAUUGAAAAACAGAGAGAACUGAUUAAUUCAUUAGAUUUAUCAAAGUGA